UCCCAUCCCAAUCCCAUCCCAUUCCAUCCCAAUCCCAUUCCAUCCCAAUCCGUCCCGGCUGCCUGGAGCAGGAUGACGGCCACGGCCACCACUGGCACGCACAAGGUGGCCAGCACCAAGGAGGAGAGGAAGUUAAGGAAACCCCUCAUUGAGCGGAAGCGAAGGGAAAGGAUUAAUAACUGCUUAGACCAGCUGAAGGAGACUGUUGUGGGUGCAUUUCACCUGGAUCAGUCUAAGCUGGAAAAGGCAGACAUCCUGGAAAUGACAGUGAAGCACCUCCAGAACAUCCAGAGCGGCAAGAUGAUGGCCGACUCCAAGGUGGGUCUGGAGGCCCAGCAGCGGUACAGCACCGGCUACAUCCAGUGCAUGCACGAGGUGCACAACCUGCUGCUCACCUGCGAGUGGAUGGACAAGACCCUGGGGGCGCGCCUCCUGAACCACCUGCUCAAAUCCCUGCCCCGCUCCGGGGGAGACGCCUGCAAAGCCGCGCUGAGGUCUCUGAGCCCGGCUCAGCAGCCUCUCCCGGUGCAGAAAAGCCCCCCGAGCCCCAAGGGCGGCACUCGAGGCACAAACCCGUCACAGGAGCGCCUCUACCCUGCCGAAAACAAGCAAGCUUCCAAAAAUCCCUUCCAGCUGCCCUCGCUGUCGGUUUUCAACCAGGUUGAUGCUGCACCUCCCAGACAGGUUCUGCAGCCAAAUUUUUCCCAUAACAACCCCAGAAUGGGGUCGUUAGAUAUGUGGAGACCGUGGUAAAGUGUGUUUUCAAUUUUUUGUCCUAACCUUAGACGCUCUUACUUAUGUAUCUUAUAGAUAUGUUUCUUCAAAACACUUGGGGAGCAAAUCUGUUCCUGUAGGUGUACUAAAGACCCGGGUACUUCAAGCCGAAGUAAACCUACGUGUAGCCUGCAUUGUAGAAGGCUGCUAUUAUUUUUUAUUUAUUUAAUACAUCUAAAUUAUU